CGCGACACGCGGCGCGCCACCGACGUAAAAACAAUCCGCCGGGGAUAUAUAAGUGAUCCGGCGGGGUACACGAGGCGUAGUCAGUCCGCAGUACCGACGAGAUCGCAAGCACCCGCGAGCAACAUGUUCAAGCUGAUCGUUCUUCUCGCCACCGUCGCCUACGCAUCCGCCGGCCUCUACUCCGGAUACGGCGGGACUUACGGCGGGACUUACGGCUAUGGUGGUUACGGCAGUGGCUACGGCUUGGGUCAUGGAGUUGCGGCGAUCGCACCUGCGGUCGCAACAUACGCACACGCUCCAGUUGCUCCAAUUGCAACCAGUUACGCCAAUACGUACAAGGUCGCGGUCGCCCCGACUGUCGCUAAGCUCGUCGCACCAGCCUACACCAAGGUGGCGUACGCGCCCGCCGUCACGAAGCUUGCUUACACCGCACCUGCUGUCACUUACGCGGCGCCAGCGGUGACCUAUGGCCACUAUGGUUACACGAUUCCGCCCUCGGUCACCAGCUACACCAGCGGCCUCGGCUACGGCCACGGAUACGGCCACGGAUACGGUCUCGGCUACGGCUACGGAAUCGGUCACGGUGGCUAUGGUGAUUACGGCAGCUAUGGCGGCUAUGGCAGCUACUACCAUUAAAUGGAACCACGGAACCGAAAGUCCAAAGCGGAGUGAUGAUCGUCUUCUUCGAGCCUUUCGACGAGCCCGAUCGUCACAGCUGCGAGCGCACUGCCUGUGCAUACUGCCACGAACUCUGUCAUCUACUAUGUACAUGAUGUUUAUAAUACACGUUUUCAUCUUUUA